GUUCAUAAUCAUCACCCCUAGACUUGGUAGAGUAGAAGUGCUGUGUCCAACGGAGUUUUGUGUUGUGCUUUACGAGAACUCCAUUCCCUGUUUAUUCCAUGAGAACCCAAAACAAAGAAUUGAGAAGUUUUGAUCUUUAUCACUAAUGCUGUGGUGGGUUUAGUUUCAAAUUUCAGAAUCGCAAUGGAAAACUCAGACCAUGACGAACCCGACAAGAAGAGGCCUCAUCUCACUUCAUCUGUUUCUUCCCGCAUGUCUCGAAACUCCACCAACUCUCCCACCACCAACAAAAUCGCUGAUGCAGGAGUCUUACAGUUCCAGAAUCAACAGCUUGUUCAUCAGAUAGACAUCCAAAAACAUGCCUUGCAUGAUCUUGAAGAAAAAAUUAGAGAAUUGAAAGGAAAUCAAAGUUCUUAUGAUGACUUGUUAAUUGCAUUGAACCAACUCUGGAUUCAGUUGGUUGACGAUAUGAUUCUUCUUGGAAUAAGAGCUGGGAGAGGCAAAGAAACAUUGCAACGAUUAACUUCCAUUGAUAAUUCCAAAGGUUCACUUCCUUCGUGUCCUGCUGAGGAUAUAUUUCUAUGUAGAUUAAUCCAGAAAGAUUCUAUUAAAGGAACUACUGAUGAUGAAAUUAUUAAUUAUGUUGAGGAGGCACUUGCUUUGCGUCAGUCAUCUACAAGGGAGUUGUUGAAACACCUGCAAGAUUCCAUUGAUGAUAGGAUACAAAGAAUAGGCAGUAUAGCUCAGAUUUUACAUGGAGAUUUAUCUUCAGAAGAUGCUGUAAUCCAAAUGAAUAAGAUUGAUGACAUGACGCAAGAGGAAGCAAAUAAUUUAUGCGAAGUGAUUGAUACUCUCCAUGCGAAACAUAAAGAGUAUACUGUUGGCAUUCAAAAUUCUAUCAAUGAGUGCUUACAAGAUCAAUCUGACAUUAAACGCCUUGCAGGCGAGCUUGAUGAGAUUGUGGCUGAACUAGAAGAGAGUAGAAGAAAACUAGUCAAUCUGGAAAUGCAAAAAGAUGCAGCAAUUGGGAUGAAUCCACCCAUCACAGAUUCAGUAAAUGGGAACUUAUCUCCUGAAAACACUGCAGAGAGGACCAUGGGCUUGCGUGAGUUGAAGGAUUCAAUUGAGGAAGCAAAGAUAGUGGAUGCUGAUCGUCUUUCUGAGCUUCAAGAUGCUCGGGAAGAUAAUCAUACCUUGACAAAGCAAUUCCAAGAUCUUCAGAAUGAACUGAAAGAUGAUAAAUAUGUACGCUCUUCCCGAAUAUAUUCUUUGGCUAAUGAUCAACUUCAACAUUGGAUGACUGAAUUGGACCGAUAUAAAACAUUGGUAGAGUCUCUGCAGGCUGGCAGUGUUCAUGUUGCAAAAUGGGAAAAUGAAUUAAAUUUGAAAUUGAAGUCUGCUGAUAGUACAAGACAUAUCCUUGAAAAUUCUGACCAUAGGAUUGAUGAGCUAGAGCUUCAAUUGCAGAAGUGUAUUAUUGAAAAGAAUGAUCUUGAAAUUAAGUUGGAAGAAGCUAAACAGGAUACUGGGAGAAAAGACAUCAAAUCUGAGUUUCAUGUUAUGGCUUCAGCUUUAUCUAAGGAAAUGGGAAUGAUGGAAGCUCAAUUAAAGCGAUGGAAAGAUGCAGCUCAUGAAGCUGUAUCAUUACGUGAGAAAACACAUUCAUUAAGAGAAGCGUUGAACAUGAAGACAAGCGAACUUAAGAGCCUUGCGAACAAAUGUGCUGAACAGGUUUUGGAAAUCAAGUCUUUAAAAACAUUGACUGAGAAGUUACAGAAGGAGAAUCAGGAAUUAGAAUUUGUUCUGGAUAUGUAUGGUCAGGAGAAUUAUGAGAAAAGAUAUUCAGAAGUUAGAGAAUCUGAAAGUAAAGCUCACACUCAAGCUGAAAUACUGAAAAAUGCCUUAGAUGAACAUAGCCUUGAGUUGAGAGUAAAAGCUGCUAAUGAAGCUGAAGCUGCUUGUGAACAACGGCUUUCUGCCGCAGAAGCUGAAAUAGAGGAAUUGAGGGCCAAGCUGGACACAUCUGAGAGGGAAAUUUUGGGGCUGACUGAGGCUGUUAAAGUUAAAGAUGCUGAGGCAGAGGCAUAUAUAUCUGAAAUUGAGACUAUUGGUCAAGCAUAUGAAGAUAUGCAGACACAGAACCAAAAUCUGUCAGACCAGGUGAUCGAGAGGGAUGACUAUAAUAUUAAGCUUGUAUCAGAUAGCGUGAAAACGAAACAGGUGCAUAGUACUUUACUGUCUCAGAAGCAGGCCUUAGCCAAACAACUUCAACAAAUUAAUUCUUCAAUGGAAAAUUCAAAGAUGAGGAUUACACACAGUGAAGAGCAGAUGAAAGGUAUUUUAUCUGAAGCCAUUAAAUGUAAUCAAGAAGAAAAACACCUUGCAGUCAAUCUGGAAUUUGCAAAGUGGGAAUUGGCUGAUGCUGAGAAGGAAUUGAAGUUGCUCAAGUCUUCUGUUUCCUCUUCAGAGAAAGAAUAUGAUCAAAUUCAGAAAGAUACGGAAGCUAUUGAAACGGAAUUGAAAAGUGAAAGGAGUUUACGGAAGAAGCUGGAGGAAGAACUAAUGGAAUUGAACAGCAAAAUUGCUGAACUGACUUCUGAAACGGGAGAGACCACAAUACAAAAACUAGAAAAAGAAAUAAGAAUUUGCAAGAACAUGAUCAAGUGUACUGUCUGCACUGACCGUCCAAAGGAGGUUGUGAUUGUGAAGUGUUACCAUCUGUUUUGCAAUCCAUGUAUUCAGAGAAAUUUAGAGCUACGGCACCGCAAAUGUCCUGCAUGUGGAACAGCAUUUGGACAAAGUGAUGUUCGCUUUGUUAAGAUAUGAGAUGAUACCUUGUAUUGUAUAUAUUAUAGACUAGAUUUUAAUGUUUUCUUUUUUUACCCUAAUCAUAGUCUUAAUAGUUUCAAAGAAACAUUCUUCUUACCCCUCAUAAAUAUAUGCAUUAGAGAAAUAGUCAUUAUUUGUGGAACUUGAUUUAUUUCUGGGUUGGGUUAAGAUUAACUUGAGUAAACUUGAGUGACUUAUUCACAGAGAGAUCAA